AUGGCUUCAGUAUGCUGCUCGCCGCAAUGCGGCAAGACGACCGACUCGGGACUCAAAUGUCCCGUGUGCUUGAAAAACGGCAUCUCUGCAGUUUUCUGCAACCAAAUCUGUUUCCGCUCCGGCUGGGCCAUCCACAAAGCUGUCCACCCAGCUGAAGACAACAAGCCGUUUGAUCCUUUCCCCAAUUUCCAGUAUUCAGGCGACUUGAGAGCUUCCUAUCCGCUCAGUCCCCGGCGCACGGUUCCGGCCAACAUUGCCAAACCAGACUAUGCGCAGAAUGGAAAGCCAGUGAGCGAGUUGAAAAACGACAGAACGGGCAAAAUCACCAUUUUGACCGAGAGCCAGAUCAAGAAAAUGCGCCGUGUGGCGCGGAUCUCGCGGGAAAUCUUGGACAAAACCGCUUCCUACAUCAAACCAGGCAUUACCACCGACGAACUCGAUGCCAUUUUGCAUAAACAGUGCAUGGCACACAACGCAUACCCGCUGCCACUAAACUACUACAACUUCCCGAAAUCCUUGUGCACGUCUGUGAACGAGGUCAUUUGCCACGGUAUCCCCGACCAGACUGUUUUGCAGGACGGAGACAUUAUCAAUUUGGAUGUGACCAUCUAUCUUAGUGGAUACCACUCCGAUCUCAACGAAACUUACUACGUGGGCGACAAGGCCAAAUGUGACCCAGACACAGUGCGCUUGGUCGAGACCACACGUGAGUGCUUGGACAUGGCCAUUGACAUGGUCAAGCCUGGCUUGGUUUUCCGUGACUUGGGCAGCGUUAUCGAAGGACAUGCGCUGAAAAAUGGCUGUUCCGUUGUCAGAACCUACUGCGGCCACGGUAUCAACAGCUUGUUCCACUGCCAGCCCAACAUUCCGCACUAUGCCAAGAACAAGGCGAUUGGUGUGGCUAAACCCGGCAUGGUGUUUACAAUCGAGCCCAUGCUUUGUCUAGGCACGUAUAAAGACAUCACAUGGCCCGACAACUGGACUGCGGCGACUCAGGACGGAAAAAAGUCUGCCCAGUUUGAGCACAUGUUGCUAGUGACCGAAACAGGUUGCGAGGUCUUGACUGCCAGACUAGACAACUCGCCAGGAGGCGCCGUCAAAAGAAUCGAGUAA